AGCAGUGUUUAGCAGUGGGAGGCGAGAGAUUUCACACAAAGCCAUGAAGCCUGUUUUUAAAGAGGUGAUCCUGAAGAAUGACACCUUACAACCUAACUUCUACACAGGAAGAUCAGCGGAGAGAGGACGAUUUUCCCCCGUGACGGCUUUAUUCCACUCCAUCAUAGUUACCAUGGUGACAGAACUGCGCCCUUGUCACGAAGGUUGUCUGUUUACGUCACCAGUGUGUCACGUCAGAACACACACACACACACACACACACACCGGACGUCAUUAACCUGGUUAAGUACAGACACAAGCUGCAGUAAAGGGAAAGAGGAGAGCGGGUUUAAUAACAAUUAAAAGGAGGAAAAGAUGAAGGAGAAGAAAUGGAUCAGGUCUCUGUUCUGUUUCCCCGAAACUUCCAGAAUAAUAAUAAUAAGAAGAAGAAGAAGAAGGAGGAGGAGGAGGAGGAGAUGAAAAAGAUGAAGAUGAUGAAAACAAACCGUGUGUGUGUUUAACGCGUCAGUGUCAAUUAAUGAAGGAAUGAAGGCAUUCAUUAGUCUAAAAUAUGUCAGUGUAUGGGGUGGGGGAUGGGUUAAUGUCAUGGCAAUGAUAUUAAAUAUGAAUGCACAAAAGCAAAAGUGUGUGUGUGAGAGAGAGAGAGAGAGAGAGAGAGAGAGAGCACAGAGAACAUAAUCAGUGCUGAUGAGAGGAGAACCAGUCGUGCGGUUGUGACGUCAUUAUCAUUAUUACAUAGAGAGUGUGUGUGUGUGUGUGUGUGUGUGUGUGUGUGUGUGUGUGUGUGACGUGCACAGAUCCUCCCUCUCCUGCGUUAAGCAUUCAUUCAGAGUUCAGGGAAACCGGCGCACACGGAGUAGCAACAUCAAAAGAGAGCAGUGCGUGUGUGAGUCAACCACACACACACACACACACACACACACACACAUGCACGCGGAACGAGCUGAAAUGAUGAAAGUUUGAGAAUUUCAUGGAGGAGAAACACAGGAGGAAAAACAUGGACAAAGCUCUGAUGCAGCAUCUGCUCAGCUCGAAGAAAAGUGCAAGGAUCCACCCGACUGCGGUGACAGUGAAAUACGGCUCCCAUUUCCCUCAGCAUGGAGAUGAGAGCUAUGAUGUUGCACGAUCCUCUGAGGUAUUUGGUGCCGUUAUGGCAGAGACAUCAGACAGGAAGCAGUUGAGUGACAGUAAAACACACAAGACAGUGUUUAACCUUCAGUCUGAAUCGACAUCAAGAGUUUCUAAAGGGGUCAGAGGUCAGCUGCAGAGCUUCAGUGAAGCGAGUGUCCUGUCGUCACGUGUGAUGUGGGCGGUGCUAUGUGGUGCAGCACUGGCUCAUGGCUGUAUCUCGCUCCUGACACGUUUAGCUGCAGAUUUAUCCCACAUCCCAUCGCUCGAGCUUCUCUUUGUCCGCUCUGUCCUCCAGGUCCUGUCCAUUGCUGUCGUUCUUUACCACAAGGAGGCGCCGUUCGGGCCACGAGGCUGCAGGCUGCAUCUAUUCUCCUAUGGAAUAUUUAAUGUCAUCUCCAUCUCCUGUGCAUACACCUCCUUUGCACUAGUUCCUCCUGCCAACGGCGCUAUCGUGUGGCGAGCGAGUGUGACAGUGUUCAGUGCCGUCCUGUCCUUCCUGCUCGUCGAUGAGAGGCUCAGUGUGACGGACAUUAUCUCUGUCUCCUGCAGCGUCUUUGGGCUCGGCCUCAUCCUAAUCCCCAACCUCGCUAGUGAGGAAAAGCUGCUUGGGUUCUGGAAGGAGGCAUUUGGUUACGUACUGAUGGUUUUGGCGGGAGUGAUGGCAGCGCUCUCCAUGAUUUUGUACAGAUGUGUGAAGCAGCAGGUGAGCGUGUGGACAGCAUUGUUUACUUUUGGAUGGAUGGGUUUUCUCUGGUCCUGCUGCUCCAUGUUCCUCCUACAAGAACCAGUCAUUCCUCAUGAUGCAGAAACCUGGAUCUUCCUCAUAUCCAUCUGCUUCUGCUCCACCAUCGCCUUCCUGGGGGUUUAUUACGGCCUGCAACGCCUCCACCCCGCGCUAGUCAGCACGGUGCAGCACCUGGAGCUUGUGGUGGCGAUGAUCCUACAGCUGCUCGUGCUGCGCAUUCUCCCCUCUGCCUGUGAUGUCACCGGCGCCGUCGUCAUCAUCGUCAGCGUCCUCGUCCUCGGCAUCGUCGAAGUCCUCCGUGGUGGAAAGCACGGGACGGAGGAAUACGAAGAAAUCCUGGACUCGUCCAUAAAAUAAGACAGAGGACUGAGCACGAGAGAUGGAGAGAGUAACGAUUUAUAAUGCGUCGUGUGACCUUAUAAAAUUAGAAUAUUAGUUAUCCUCAUAUAACGAACUUUUUUUUUCAAGUUAUGAAUUAUUAUUGUGUGUAAUAAACAAAUAAUUAAAUUCCAGCAUUAAAAGCAUUCAACA